CAUUGUCAAUCAGAUAAUCUACAAAAACCUGCCUUCUACGAUAAUCUUUACAUCAUGCUGAACCAAAACCAAGCAGUAAAACCACCCGGCAUCAGACGGAAAAAYCGUGAUUUUCGUGUCCGCCGCAACCAGUCAUUCCAUGCACGAUUUCCAACUUUGCUGUUCUGCAUGUGCCUGUUGUGUGUCCCUUUUGCACUCGGAUUGCAGUCGCCACCACCACAAGAAGAUGAUGGACCMAUCAUCGGCAUCGAUCUCGGCACGACCUAUAGUUGUGUGUCGGUAUUCAAAGAUGGCUCAACGCAAGUUAUUCCCAACGAACAAGGAAACCGCAUCACUCCAUCGAUUGUUGCAUUCACAGACAACAAAGAACGGCUCGUCGGGGAUGCCGCAAAGAACCAGGCAACCAUCAAUCCAGAAAACACCAUUUACGACGUGAAGCGGCUGAUUGGCCGYGAGUAUACGGACGCUUCUGUUCAGGAAGACAAGAAGCUAGUGCCGUACAAGAUUGUUCCCGACUCCCAGGGCAAACCCCGGGUCGUAGUGGCACAGAACGGGGAGGAGCGCRUCUACAGCGCGGAAGAAAUCUCYGGCUUGAUCCUGGCAAAGAUGAAGUCCAUCGCAGAGGGCUAUCUCGGUCGWGAGGUCACCCGUGCCGUCGUUACGGUCCCGGCGUAUUUCAACCAGGCCCAGCGCGAGGCAACGAAAGACGCGGGUCGCAUUGCCGGGCUGACGGUCGAGCGAAUCAUCAACGAGCCCACCGCGGCCGCCAUCGCCUACGGCCUCGGCCAGGACGCGGCCGUGGAAGACAAGAACAUUCUCGUGUUUGACCUGGGCGGUGGCACCUUCGACGUGACSCUGUUGAAUCUCGACGAGGGCGUCUUUGAUGUUCUCAGCAGCGAGGGAGACACGCACCUAGGYGGCGAAGAUUUCGACCACCGCGUCAUGGAAUACUUCAUCAAUCUGUCGAAGAAAAAGUCGGGGAUCGAUAUUUCGGGGAACAAACAAAGCCUCCAGAAGCUUCGAAAGGAAGUGGAGCGGGUGAAGCGYACCCUCUCCUCGAAAACCCAGGCCCGGUUGGAAAUCGAAGACAUUGUUCCCGGCCAUGACUUGCUCGAGACCCUGACCCGGGCUCGCUUCGAAGAGUUGAACAGUGACUUGUUCAAAAAGACAUUGGAUCCCGUGGACAGYGUACUGAAACGGGCGGGGCUCGAGAAAGAAGACGUCGACCACGUUGUUUUGGUUGGUGGAUCUACCCGCAUACCAAAGAUCCAAGAACUKAUCUCCGAAUAYUUUGGUGGGAAGGAGCUCUCGAAGAGCAUCAAUCCCGACGARGCGGUUGCGUUCGGGGCCGGCGUGCAGGGUUCCAUUCUUGGCAAUAGUUCCCCCGACGAGUACGCCAACAUYAUUCUCCUGGACAAGACRUCCCUGUCRAUGGGCAUCGAAACCGUCGGGGGYGUGUUCGUCCCAAUUGUAAAGCGGGACACCAGCAUCCCUACCAAAAAGUCCCAGAUAUUUUCGACCAACCAAGACAACCAGUCGAGGGUCGUGAUAGACGUGUACGAGGGAGAGCGAGCGAUGACMAAGGACAACCACCCUCUGGGAAAAUUCGAGCUCGCCGGGAUCCCUCCUGCCUCCCGCGGRAUUCCACAGAUCGAGGUGAGCUUCCGGGUGGAUUCGAACGGAAUACUGGAAGUCACCGCGGAAGACAAGGGGACGGGCAAGGCCGAAAAAAUCACGAUCACCUCCGACAAGGGCCGACUGUCCGAACAGGAGAUCCAGCGAAUGAUCGAAGAAGCGGAAGAGUACGCGGAGGAAGAUCGCCUGGCGAGGGAACGAACGGAUGAACGAAACGGACUCGAGAGUUAUUUGUACAGCCUCAAAACUACCUUAGACGGCGACGAGACCCUUUCGAGGAAUCUUUCUGCCGAGGACAAGCGAGAUCUCUUGGACCUGGUCGAKGAAAAGGUGGACUGGAUGGAGGAAAAUCCAGAGGCCUCGAGAGAUGAUCUUGUCAGCCAACGUGAGGAGGUGGAGCAAAUCGCAAAUCCUUUGCUGCAGCGGCUGUAUCGCGAUGAUGCGAAUGGCGAAGGUGACGAAGACAUAGAUGAUAUGGACCUAUAAAGUGACCUCGAUCUGGACAACUCGGAAUCUAUUUAUGCUCAGUAAAAAAUUCAUGGACAA